GUUAUAUACAUAACUUUUCUUGAACUGAAACACUUUUAACUCUGGAUGAGACCCUCAACUCCCACCGCCAUGGACGAAUCGGACACGCCCCGCUUCACUGUCCAGCAAAUUAUGCUUUUGCAAAAGUUGAAGCAGAGCGGACUGACCCGGGACCAGAUACUAAAAGGACUUGAAGAAAUUGACAAAAUGGACGACAUUCCUGUCAGCCUUCCACUUGCAACAUUUCCUUCUAAACCAAUGAGAAGUCCUCCACCACUGGCUCUUGCAAAACGUCCUUUCCCAAUUCUUGUCAACGCUAACGGUACAAAUGGAGUCCAAAAUAAGAAUGCGCGGGAAGAAAGCGCGCCAAGUGACCAGAAAACACCGAGUGCUAGCCCGACCUCGCCACAUACACUUUCCUUAUCUCCAGCUGCAAACGUCCCUCUGAACAGAAGUCCAAAAAUAGUUACUUCCCAUCCACUCCACCCUAUGCACCAAGCGACACCUUUAAUGUUUGGAUCACAUUUACAGAAUCACAAUCAGAUGGCAUUACUUCAUCCGAGUGGAAAUUGGAAUGCCGGUACAUCACGAGCAAUGGCUGCUGCAACAGCUGUCAGCCUCUUGCAGAAUGGAUUUCCUCAUCAUAAUUUACAACACCAUACUUACCCAACAUUGAUGAACGGCAGAACUAAUCCAGGUCUUACUAACGUGUUCGGAAUGUCGAAUGGAAAUGCUGUUGUUGAGAUCGACGGUGAAAAAGUUGACAUCACGGAGGAGUUGGACGAUUUAUUUCGACGCGAUCAGGCACAAGUCAAAGAAGACAUUCGAAAAUUCAUAAACGAACGGCACAUUUCGCAAUCUGCAAUAGCAAAAGCUACAGGAAAUGCAAUCAGUCAGAGUUAUAUAUCACAAUGGUUGGCUCAACCCCAAGAUAUUAGCGGACAAAAGAAGAAAGCCAUGUAUACUUGGUAUCUCAUUGAGAAACGAAAACCACCAGGAGUAAUGACCAUGAAUUCAGGCGCACCCAUAAUAUUUCGAAAUGAGAUGGAACAGGACUACGCACCUCCAAUAUGUCUGAAAACAAAACGUGGGGCAAGAUUCACAUGGCCAAAAGAAUGUUUGACAAUUUUAGAAAAUUACUACAAUUCGAAUCCAUAUCCAGAUGAAUCAAAGAGAGAAGAAAUCGCAGCCGCUUGUAAUUCUAUAAUACAAACGCAUAAAGCAGGUAUGAUGAUAACCGACUUAGACAAAGUUACCACGGUUAAAGUUUACAACUGGUUUGCAAACAGAAGAAAAGAUGACAAAAGAAGAAAGCAUAUCGAGCAUAUCGAAGCCUUGGAUCAUCAUCAACAGUAUAUGACCAACCCUGCACACAGGAGCAACACGGUGUCACCGAGCAGCUCAAAUCAUUCGAGCGAGAGCCCACGUGUUCACGAAGUUACAGAUCAUCAAGCGAUGGCAGAAAAAGUUCAGUCUGAUAUACUAGCUAUGCGAAAGAAAGAAGAGCAGAUGGCACUCGCAUUGCAAAUGGCAGCUGUCAACCACUCGAUACUUGCACUCGUCAACCAACAUCGUGAAAUAGUCAAUGUCAAUCGAGACGACGACUCUAACACACCGCUUGGUGGCAGAGAAAGCGAGCGUGACGAAAACGAAGACAACGAAAGUGUUGGAGGCGGGAGUAGCCAUGGCAACAUUGAAAAUCACGCUCAGGAACAUCAACGCCACGAGAGCGAAGGAGACGUCAGCGAGAAUAAUUCAACGUCCAGUGCGAUGGAAAUUCAUCGGGAAAACAGCAACACAGCCAUGACCCAAUCACCAAUUCAAGCAAGGACCUAAUACAAGUCGAACCCACACAUACUUAUUUGACUGAAAAACAAACUGCCGAACGAAAACACUGUUUGAAAAUGGUAAAAUUUACAGUUUUCGGUAAAUAACGAAUGAUUUAUAUCAUAAGCGCACCCAUGGUUUACAACUAGACCGUGCCUACAUCAUAUCAUACAGCGUAAUCGCUGCAAACUUUCACGAAGUCUAGCAAUUUUUGUAAAGUAUUGACCGACAUAUUAUACUGAUUUGAAUCGAAAAUCGAAAACUGGUAAAUUUCACUAUUUCCCAAUAGCACUUUAGAUAAUAUUUGUACAUAUCACCUAGCUAUUUUGUUCAAAACAGUAGUAGGCUUAUUUGAGACUCACGGUACAGCCCAUAGUGGCAUUUUACUUUUGUAUCUAUUACAGGGAAAAUAAAAGCAUUUACUAAAUUUUGUAAUAUUGUAGCAAAAUGAUUUAAACAAAAGAGCUGUGUACAUUUUUGUAUUUCAAUUUUUAUAUAUUACGUUUGAUCCUGGAAUCCCAACAAGUUUCAAUGUUGAUUUAGAUUAAAUUCGUGUAAAACAGAAAAUCAACCAUUGCUUGACUAUUUUUUUCUGCAGAAUGCGCGAUUGGAAUUGUUGUUGUCGAUCACUCUUACUCGUUUAUUAUAAUAUUAAUAUUGAAUUGACGAAACCUAAUUUUAAAAGUAAAAAUAUCCUAUCUCCCCAUGGUUUACUCACUUCUAUAUUACUUUUUGUCUUGCUCCCAUUGUUUCUUUAUUGUAGUUUUAAAUAUAUGACCAAUUAGUAUUAUAAAGUAUAAAUGCAACGCUUGCCCUCCUGCCAUACAUAUACAAUCGCACUAUUCAUGUUUUUGGUUAGAAAAUUAUUCAUUUUUCCUUUAUUUUAACGUUAUAGUAUUAACUAAGUAAAUUUUUGAAAUGAUAUACUGCCCAAAUAACAAUGGUUUGUUUGUCUUUAGUAUAUGCGCUUGUUGAUAUAUAUUCCACCAGUAUAUUUGCAGUAAUUAUUUUGUUGAUGAAUGAUAUUUAAUAGGAAUAAAAUUUAGAAAUUUUCCCGGAAACGAAAAAAGUUUUCUUUUGUCUGAGUUCAUUUAAUAGGUUUGAAAAAUAUAUAAUUCAAAUUAAUACAAAGUAAUAAUUUAUAAUCAAUACCAGUUUCGUAUUAAAAGGCUAUUUUUAUGUUAAAAUCAUAAAGAAGUACAUUGACAUAUCAUUUAUGUCUUUUCAGAAACUCAAGUUUAAUGAUUUAGUUUCAAAAUGACAAUGUACAUUAUUACAUUAUUAUUGUACAAACAUGAUAUGUUAUCAACAUUUAAAUAUCCCGAUCAAUCAACAAUCUAUACGUGGACUCAGCAAAAUCCUGUUUUAUUUAGUCUUUAACAAAGAACGGGGUCGACAAGUAUUUAAAAGUAUUUUCAUAUUUGGCAUAAUGUACAUCUCGAAUACGGUCUGCCAUCUAUGUGCAUUAAAAACCGAAAAUUAUUUUAUAUUCUUUUCAUGCUCAACUCUGAUUGAUGAAUUGAAAAGUUUUAGUGUUGUAUAUAAGAUCAGAAUUUUUUUUUGAAUCUUUUUUUUCGUUCGACGCGUGCUCUUUCAUUUCAUACCAACAAGCAUGAAAUUUUCCACGAGAGAUUUUUUUUUAUAAUUUAAAGAAAGUAAAAAACUCCAGCUCUGACGUUUGAAAUCGGCCAAUAUAAAAAUUAAAAACGAUGCGCAUUUUUUUGGUAUACUACACACUUUUGUGGAAGUCUUUUUGGUUUUUUUUUGAUUGCACUGUUUUCCGAGCUAAUAUCAUUAAAGAUAACUGCGCAUUUUCAAGAAUAGUGUUCUAAAUGAACAUAUCUUUAGAAGAAGACAUUUCCAACGGUGCUAUUGCGGUGCCAAGCACCUAUUACUUAUUAUCCAAUAAUAAAUACGAACAAUUUUACUUUAUUAUUAUGUUUUCUGAUUUUUUUUUCAUUAUAAAUAUCUUAUGAUGAAUGAUAUGAUAUUAUUAUUCUAUGGAAGAUGCCUUCUGUUUUUUUUUCGUUCCUAGUUUCACGUUUUUCAUUUUCAUCAGAUCAAGUUCGACCAAGCAUAUGCUAUCUUCAAUGGAACUUUCAAUAUGGAUAAGAGAGAUUUAAUCAUGAAUUAUGCUUGGACGUGCUUGUUAUUAUGAUAAUAUUUCCUAAAGUGUUCUUGUUAUCUAUGAUGUUGUAAUAAUUAAUGUUGUGUUUUGCGCUUAUUUUCCCCAUUUAUUAUUUAACGUCAAGGCAUCGUUAUUGGGAUUAUCAUGAUAAAUAGUAGUUAUGUUCUUUAUAUUACUGAUAUGUUUAUUUUAUUUAAAAUUUAUGUGUUGUUGUCAUUGGACAUGUACGCAGAAAUAAGACAGAUACAGUAUUGUAAGUUUGUUUGUUGAAAAUAAAAUUUGUGUCAAAAAA